AUGCACAACGGGAGACUACCCACGCACAGCGGGCAUUCGCGGCACACUUCGUCGGGAUCGGCAACAGAUGCGCUCGGCGCUAUCCUCUCCUCGGCGCUCGCGACACCCCGUCGCUCUUCCACCCCAACACCGAACAAGGCCAAGACGCGACACUACGUGAUCCCCUUUGUCGUGCUCUUCCUCAUCGUGUUUGCGAGCGCGACACAGACUGAGACGGCAUCCUACCUCGCCUCUUAUUACGGCUUUGACAAACCGUAUUUUGGCUUCUUCGUCACCCACUCGACCUUUGCCCUCGUCUUUCCCGUCCACUUUGGACUGCUGGUUCUGUUCAAUCGUACUCCUAGAACACGGGUUGAGCGCGCCAAACAACUCCUCCGCAAUCUCCGCUCUGUUCUUGCAGACCAGCUCGGCACCACUCCCCGAUGGCGGCAGCUCGCGCGCCCGCUCAUGGCGAAGAUCAUCCCCCUCACUACCCUCAUCUCCUUCCCCGCCAUCUGCUGGUUUGUCGCUAUGGCCUUCUCCCCGGCCAUGGACAUUACCGCCAUCUACGCGACGUCUGCCUUCUUCGCCUACUUCUUCUCACUCCUGCUUCUCGGAACGAGAUUGACGCGUUUGACGCUCUUCGCGAUCGCCGUCGCGUUUGCUGGCGUCUUGGUCCUCACUUUUGCGGGCGCCGGUAAGGUAGCAGACGAAGGCGACAAGCGGACGGGUACGCGGCGCGUGAUCGGCGACGGAAUCAUGGUCAUCGGUGCCAUCCUCCUCGGCCUCUACGAGGUCGUGUACAAGAUGGUGCUGCCUGAGAGCCAGGGCGGCGCGACCCACGCACACAACCCGGCCGACGACAUCACGCGCUACUCGGCGGUGGCGGUUGAUGAUGACGUUGGGGUCGAGAGUGAGGCGGAGAACGACUACGCGCUCGGCACCGCCGCUCCCCAGCCCCAGGCACACACGCCGUUGCUCCCCAAAGUGAGCAGCCGGCCUGCGUCCCCAGUCCUCGGAGGGUUAGCCGGAGUCAUUAGUCCCGUGCACUCGCGCACGCACACCCCGGCACACUCACGCUCCCAUUCGGCAUCGCACUCGCGCGCCGCUUCACAUCCUCCAACACCGAUGCGUGCACCGCCGCAUAUUGUCCCACGACUCCCAACCGCCUUCCACUCCAACUUCCUUACGUCCUUGAUUGGCGUGGCGACAUUUGUGCUUUUCUGGCCACCGCUCCCCUUCCUUCACUUGACCGGGUGGGAGACUUUGGAAGCCCCUCCCAGUUGGGGCCUCAUGGCUGUCGUUGCCGUCGGUGGCUCCAUCUAUAAUGCUGGUCUUAUGAUCCUAAUCGGGAUCUGGGGCCCGACGACAAGCUCAGUCGCCAACCUGCUCACUAUUGGCGUCGUUGCCGUGUUUGACGCCGUUUGGAUGGGACACGUCCCGGAUCUCCAGACGAUACUGGGCGCUGUUGGAAUCGCUGCCGGCUUUGGAUUGCUGUUGUGGGAGGGCGAAGAGGACUAG